CUACAGUAUCGCUGCAGCCAGGCUAGGGGCACUCGGGUCUGUGCCACCCUCCAAGCCAGACAGACAGCAGGACAGGCAGACAGCUGUCUCUCAAACCAUCGCACAUUAUGGAGGCUCUGUAUAUCCAGCCCUUGGAAGAGGAUGGGAUGAUGAUGGAGGAGGAGGAGCGGGAAAAAAGCAUGGAACAGGAAGAGGGAGGAAUGGAGGCCUCGUCUCCCAUGAGCUCCACCACAGACGAGGAAACAGAUGAGGACUCAGAACCAGAGCCCCCACCGGUCGUUCGCAGGAAGGUGUCAUUCGCUGAUGCGUUUGGCCUCAACCUGGUGUCAGUUAAGGAGUUUGACAAUGUUGAAGUGACAGAGCCAGAGGUAAGCCAGGCUCCUGAGGGGGAGGCAGCCCAUUCUCUAGAGGAAUUCUACCUGUCCUGUCUGUUUACAGUCCCUUCAUCCCCAGAGGAGCUCGACCAGAGGCUACAGGUGCAGAUGAUUGAGCUGGAGAGCAUCGAGCUUCUCCCAGGAACCACCACACUCCGCGGCAUCAUCAGGGUGGUCAACCUCUGCUUCAGUAAGUCUGUUUACGCCCGCAUCUCCCUGGAUUGUUGGAACAGCUACUUUGACCUGUUGGCGGAGUAUGUGCCCGGAUCCAGUGACAGGAAAACAGACAGGUUUACUUUCAAGUAUACUCUGAUUCCACCCUUUGAGAGAGAGGGGACCAGGGUGGAUUUUUGCCUGCGUUAUGAAACAGCAGUGGGCACUUUCUGGGCUAACAACAAAGAAAUGAACUAUGUGCUGUUCUGCCACCAGAAAGGACAAGUGAAAGAGCUUGGGCCUCAAGUGCUAGAAGAGAGCACCAGCUACAAGAGCAAGAGGAGCUGUCUCAAAGCUAACAGGAGGGGAAGUGCAGAGGAAAAGACCAAGAGAAUCAUUAACACAGCAACAGUUUCUGCAGAGGUACAGGCCACUCAUAAAGCAGAGGAGGCUGAGAGAAAGACAAUGGACAGCGCAGAGAUACAAUCGUUAUUAUACCAUGAAGAACACAAACCUUUGGUGGAUAGCGUAAAAAGCCGGCACAGAGCAACACGUUUGGCAGGUGUGAAGGACUACCUCUCCCAGAGAGGACAACAAAUACCAAAGGCUUAUCCACAUGACUCAGCCAAUGGCCAAGUUUCUCAGCCUAUCCCAGCUGCAGCUCCACUGGGUGACUCUGCCAGCUUUCUUUAUAAUCGUCAAAAGAAACAACCCAGCGAGAGUCCACAGGUCCUCACCUACCAUCAGAUUCCUCUGCUCACACUAGACUGGAACAAUGAUAAACUGCAGCAGUGGAGGGCUGCUGAUAUGGAUGACAUCUGGCCAGGAAAUGCUAAAAUGACCUCAUCAAAAACGUCAGAGGGAAAAAUAGAAAAUGCACCUUCUGGUAAUGAUAUAUGGGAGACCUUUCUUAAUGGCACAGAUGAUACCACUGAUACAGAAACCUCAGUGUGUGACGUAUGGCAGGAAUUUCUUAAUGUGCCAAGCUGUAAAGACCAUUCUGGUGUUCCAGAGUCAGAAUGGCUGCAGACAGCAGCGUCAGUGUCUCCCUCAAAUCAUAUGGACCCCCAAACCCAAUGUGCACUGAGCAGUCAAGAGUUUCAGGAAUUUCAGGUGGGCACGGAUACACCCACCACCUUACAUACGUGUCAGCUGCUGUCAGACAAACACGAAACAUUGUUGGCUAAUGUUGCCUUGAACGCCAAAGACCACCAGCCAGCAGAGGCAUGUGUCAGCAGUCCAACAGAUGACAGCACAGCGACACAAGUUGCAUCCCAAAGGUCACAGACAAACUCUGUAACAGACACUUUGGAGGAAUUUAGCCUCAAGGGGGCAACGCCUGUGUCCGAGGGCUCUGUUGACAGUUCAGCUGAGUGUCACGAGCAUGCAGUCUUGGAGCGAGAAAGGGAAGGAAUAAUGGAAGAAGCAGAAGGAAUAGGAAGAGAUGAGCCCUUCACACCGCACACAGCUGACUUAGUAACAAGCUCAGGGGAGUCGAAGACAACAGACAUGACAGCAAUGCCAGGGUCUCAGAAUGCCAGCACCGUUGAUAGGAUCUCACAGGGAGCAAGGCUGGAUGAGGGGCUUUCUUCCAGCGGGGAAGGGGAGGUUACAGGUACUGCACACAAUGCGAGGGAUGACAUGCUGGCAUUUAGGGAGACAAUCAGACAGGGGACAAAGGAUGGGGAAAGGUUUGUCUUUUCCACAUCCACACAAAGAGCAGAGAAAAGGAUCAUGACGAAUUGUAUAGAAAAUAAAAUAUCUACAGAAGAGGAGAUAUUUCGGCCACAUAAAACAGAGGAGUGUGAAAUCUCUCAGAGGUAUGCAGAUGAAAAGCAAUGUGAGGAAUUCAGGCUGAACCAAAAGAGUGAAAAUCCAUUACAGGAGAAAGGGAGCGAUGAAAAUGAAAUAAGACCUGCACAGUCACAUGCACAUGAAUUCAAUCCAAACCAAACAUGUGAGGAAAAUCUCAGACCAAGCCUAGUAAUGGAAAGUGAAUUGAAAUUGGAUGAAUCAGAAAACAAAGAUAUGACAUCAAAUGACAAAGACUUGGAAGGACUCAGACAGACAAAGGUGGAAACUUCCUGUUGUACAAAAAGAAAAGAAGCAAAGAGACUAAUUGGUGCAGAAGCUGAAAUGAUCUAUGUAUUAGAUGAGGGAGCAUGGCAACAGGAUGACAAAGCUUUACAACUGAAUCCAUCAGUCUGUCAGAGGGGGAACACAGCAAUAAUUUCAGAGGUACAUAAUAAACAGUCACAGCCAAUCCAAGCAGGGGAAGAAUUAUAUGUUCAGAAAGAGGAGGAAGACUCAAUACUGACACAGUUAGAGGAGAGUGGACUGAGAUCUGACACAGGUGAGCAUGCAUUAGUCUCAAAUCAGACAGAAGACAGAAACAGUUUGAAUUGUACUCAAGCGAUUGUGGACGAACAGGAAAUAAACCCAUCAUCACAGAACACACACACUGUGGAAUCAAGGGAAAGGAUAAAUGUCUUCCAAAGUGAAUGUGAUACAUUCAGACCUUUUCUAACUGAUAAAUGCAACCCAGACCCUGCAGAGGUGGUAGAGCUGAGAUGGAUAUCAUCACAGGACAUUAUGAAGGGUCAGACAGAGAAUGUAGGCAUUGAAAUAAACCCAGAAGUAGUUACGGUAAAAGAGAACAUUGCAAAGAAAGACACUUCAACAGAACUUCAACACCAACCUGAGACAAUAGAAAGAAUAGAGGAGGAUAUGAGUCAGAGAGACAAAGAUGAGAGAGUAAGUAUUGGAGAGCUGAAAAUAGAAGCAAUGGGGGAGUUGAUGGGUAAUGUGGAGGACCCUCAGGGGGAGAGCAAGAACGCACCAGCCGAAUUGAAAGAACAAGAGUUGUCAGCAGAAGUUGAGAGCUCUCCACGUGUUGAAUGUAAAAAAUCGUCAGAGGGAACAAAGGAACCUAUUACAGCAGAAAAUACUGGAGCACUUGAAGUGAUAGAGUCGAGACUCGAGGAGAUGUUCAUAGAAAGAUUUGUAGAAAAUUUGGUGAGGGGGAUUUGGGAAGAGGUGUUUGGGCAGAAAGUGCAGGCCUCUAGAAGAGACACAGAUAUUGUUGAUGGACUGGGGGGCAGGCUGGCAGAUAAACCUGAUAUUAGACAUGAUUGCCAUUCUCCUUUUGAGAAAGACUUCAGUGAUGAUUUUGAUUCAGGUGUAUUUUCCUUGACAGAAUUGCCAACAGAUCCAAAUUUAAGUCUCUGUCAAGGCUUAGAGAGAACCACAGUGAAUGAUGGCAAUGCAUACUCCCCAACAGAAAGAAUCACAAUAGAGCAAACUCACUUUCUCUCCGAAUUAAAGACAGAUUUGAAUUCAAGUGCUCAUCUCAGUCAAGAUCUCACUGCCACUUUAGCUGCUCUGAGUAGGCAGUCAUUGACUGAAACAGCCCAAACUCUCAGCUCUCUGAAGGAUCAGGAAAACUACCCUCAAAUAAAAGAAAGAUCAGUCACCCGUCAGGAGAAAGGUAGACAAAUAGAAGACUGUGCAGUCACCCUCAAGGAGAAUUUAAAUCGAUCAGCCCAACCAUCUCACAAACAUCCAAGUUCCUCCCCUAGGGAGAAAUUAAGAGAGUCUGAUGGUCUCAUAUGGUGGAGUAUAUUAUACAUGCUCAGUCAUAUCACCAGACUUCUAAUAUGUGCCCUUUUAGUUGCUGGAUUUUUUGUCAUUGUCUUCCUCUAUGAUUUCCCAGCAUUCUUUGCGCUCUACAUAUUUUCGCUGUGGUGGUGGUUUUAUAAGUGGAAGAGACAUCAGGUGACGAUGAAUAAGAGGAUAGGGGAAGAGUUCACAGAGAGAAGAGAAGGUGUUAAAGAGUGUGGUGUGUAGCAUUUUAAACAACAGAACAUCAGUGUCAAAUUAACUGUAAUAUCUUCCAUAUCGUCAUACUUUUUAUGCUGUAUAUUCAAAGUGGUGCAAAUAUGGGUUCAAUAACAGAAUGCUACACACAGCACCAGUAGUGUGUGUUCUGGUGUGUGUUUUUAUAUUUGGUUGUUUCUUUUCUAACUCUAAAUUAAUUCACUGCAGUGGUUCCUAAACCUUUUGACUUGUGACCCCUUAGACAAAAAGCAAUAUCUUGUCAUCCAUUAUAUUUGUCUACCAGUUAUAGCCAGUUCAGGUAAUCAGUUAUUUUUUGUUUGUUUGUUUGUUUUCUUGGUUAAUUUAAAUAAAUAUAUAUAUAAAAAACAUCAUUUGGUGCAGCAGAAAUAUUUUUUCCCCUCUCAUGUUAUGUCUCAUAGCCCUUUAAAUUUGUCUUAUGACAUGGUGUUGUUCAUACAUCAGGAAAGGUUUGGUUUUUGUUAAUCAAAUCAACAAACAAAAUUAUCUUCAUCAAAUAGUUGUAUUUGGUCAGUCAAACAAUUGAAAUAAGUUACUGAUUUUUCUUUUUUGAUUUCUAUGAAACUUCAUCUGUCUUGUUGAAUGUCUUAGUUAUGAGAUUUAUGUAUAUGAUGUGUGUAUAUUUGCUGUGUUUUAUGGGCCCAAUAUUACUUCACAGUGUACCAAAUGGAACAAAGUGAUUUACCUUGCUUUUCUUCAAUAAAAGAAAUUCAUGUGACUAAGGAAACAA